AUGGUUUACCCAGUGCCAUUGAGCUUCAGUUGUGUGGCUGGCCAGACCAACUUUCCAUGGAUCCGCCCAUCGCAUCUCAUCAAGACCUUGUACAGCACAUGUGACAUCCAUAUGCUACUUGGUGGCGCGCAAACUUUUGAAGAAGCAAAGCCGGCAUUGGAGUUGUUCUGGUCUCGGUUUGCCAGCAUCUAUCCACAGCACGGUGUUUUUAGAAAAAUCCGUGAAUCACUGGGGAGAAUUUCCACCUCUCACCUCUUACCAAUUUUGGUUCACGGUGACGAGGGAACUACGUACAAGCGGAAUGGCAUGUUGGUGCUCCAAUUCUCGGGGGCGCUUGGAAAGGGAACCAGGAAGACUAAGACCCCGGACUCAUGGUACAAAGAUCUGGCAACCUAUGGCAUUCCUAUGAACCUUGUGAAGACAGCAUUACAAACCAGAUUGUUGACUUUUCUUUGUCCAAAGGACGGGGAGAUGUACUCGAGCGACCCCUCCGUUUUCAAACAUAUCAUUGACAUUGUGGUGGAUGACUGGAAGCAGCUUGAGGAUUCCGGCAUUGAGAUUCCUGCCUAUGGCACUGUGUUUCCGAUCGUUCUUGGCAACAAAGGCGACUGGAGUUACCUUGUUACAUCGGCAAAUUUGGAGAGGUCAUACCGCCGAGCUCCCAAAGGUCGUGAACAAGCAAAGAAAUACAUGGACAACCCUCCUGGGAUUUGUCACCUGUGUAUGGGGGGAACCAAAGAAGGUGACUGGGAAGACCUGAUAGUUGCCAAAAGAUUGAUUAGGGCAGCGCGGACUUGCGGCACACCACCACCAUGGGACGUUGAGCCCGCUUGGACACGGCUGCUGCAUGACGAGAGCCCUGGAGGCGCGCAGCGUUUCCACAGGCCUGAUGUCUGGCACACAGUGCACAUGGGCAUUGGCAAGGCAUGGGUGGCCUCAUCGGUGAAGUACGUACAAUUUCUCACCGGUGAAUCGAGCGUUGACAAGCGUGUGGCCGUUCUCAGCGAUGACUACAUGUCGUUCUGUGAGGAAAAUUCCAAAGUGAAGUACCUCAAGAAGUUUGAGGCUCACACCUUCGGCCUCAAGGCCCCUGAACCCGCAGCAUCGUGGAACAAAGCGCAUCUGACGGCGACCCUGAUGCAGUGGCUGCAAAGUUACCUUGAAAAGUUCAAGGACGCCUGUGAUGCUGACCUUCGUCUUCGGUUUAUUGCUUCGGGUACAAAAGCCUUGAACUUCUUUAUCAGCUCCUUGUUUGUGGAGGGCAUUUGGAUUGAGCGAAGCAAAGCACAAGAACUGAUCAAAGCUGGAGAGCAUUUCCUUCAAGCUUACCAGUUUUUGGCGCACAAAGCCAUUGAGGAUGGCAAGCCUGCGUUCGCCAUGUUUCCAAAAAGCCACAUGUUUCAAGAACUUGUGGAGGAAAUGGCUUACCAAAUCGAGGUUUCUCCAUACUGCUGGAACAUUCUCGCUGAUGCUUGCUUUCAGGAGGAGGACAUGGUCGGACGGAUCUCUGCGCUUACGCGCAUGGUUUCUCCGCGGAACCAGGCCUUACGGGCACUUCAACGGUAUUUAGCUCAAAUUAACGUUUGCUGGAGCAUGCGAUGA